AUGAAAGUUUCCACCCUCAUCGCUUUGGCCGCCUCGGCCUCGGCUGCUACCAUCCAGAGCCGCCAGGCCUUGAACCUCGGAAUUGGCAAGUUCCACGCCGACUGCAUUCCCCACAGCACCUAUUGCAGCUACGACUUCACCGUCACCUCGGACCCCGUCCUACCUGAGAGCCAUUGCAACGCCUUCAUCCAGGGUCCCGACCAGCUACCCAGCAUUUCCGAGGGCAGCUGCAAGGACAACGCCGCCUACACUUGGUCCGUAACCGACAAGGUUGACGGCGGUCUCGACUUCGCGAUAUGGUACCCCUUCAAUAGCCGCAGCAACAUCACCUACUGCCACUCCAUCCCCGCCAGCCAGAUCAACACGGAGAAUAACGGAGCUGUCCAGACUGAGCACUACAGGGGUCCCGUGAACUUCACUGCUGCCGUAUUUGACUGCCCCAGUGCUUAA